GCGAAAGGCGCCGUGGUUCUUUCGUGGCAGGAGGUGGUAAUGACUGCGUCUCCUGUUUUGCGCUCUUUGAGGUGUUUCGCGCUGUAUUCAGUAAGUAGUAAGACCCCUUGCAUCUGUAAUUCCAAUAUGCUUGACUUGUGUAUUCCGAGUGAAUUGUUGUUGAUCUUUUUCUCAUCGUGAUUUAGGGGAUUAUUGGGUAUUUUUUAUGUUUGCCAUCUUUAGCUAUAUUCACCAAAGUUACAUAUUGCGGAUUGUGCUUUUUUACUCUAGAACCAAGUUUCUUAUAUUGCAUUUAUGAUACUUCCUCUGCUACCCAAUAUUUAUAUGUGCUCUUCGAGUUCUAUAUUUUUUAUUACUGAUUUAAUUAUUAUUACUAACCGAUUUAAAUAAAAACUGUGCCAGUGGAUAGGUCUUAGUCAAAAUAAAAAAAAUAACUGAGAUAUUGGCAUUUAGUACUGCUUGAGAGGUCAAUUUUUCUGUCGUGUAUUUCAUCUGAGUUUUCUAAAUUUUCAAGAAAUUACAAGCUACUGCAAGCAAUCUGUAGUCGUUUUUAUAAGCAGUACACCGACACAGCGUAAUAUUACUUAGCAAAUGUGAUGUGUACCUUUUUUGGCAUGAAAAAGCGUGUUUUAUAACAUUUCCUUUGUGUUAGAAUAAGUUUGUUACUUUUGAUCUUCAUUAAGGUUACUUUGGAUAUUGUGAUUUUGUGUUUCAGUUUACUAGCCAAAAUAGUUAUAAAUUAUUUUUUUUGACCUGCUAUAAAUAGUAUUUCACGAAUGAUGUUGUGGAGUACACUCAAGAAAAGAUGGAAAAAACGUAUUCCUGUAAAAAUUCCUAAAUGGAAGACUAGGCGCAAACAAAAGGUAAUUAUUCGUCCUGCCAGUGGAGAUAUGGGCAAUGAAUUGCUGGAGGAACAAAGUUUGGAUGUUGAUGAUGCGAAUGUUUCCAUCGAGGAAGUUUCUUCACAUGUCCAGGAGAUGCCAAAGAGUUUUGUUGAAAAGGAUUAUGUAAAAGGCCCUGUCGAGUUUGUUGACUCAUAUUGGCAGUUGUCCGAUCCAUCAGAUAAUAUAUUUCACGAUGUAAAUGCCCAUUCUAAUUUUGAUCAAUUAAAUGAAACCUGUGCAGAAGAUGGAUUUGGGGAUGACAGAAUAGGUGACAUGAUUUCAACAACAGCUCAGGAUGAAAAUAGAGAAUGUAACGAAAAAACAAUUGCUCUCUGGUCACAAAGUAAAGAAAAGCAUGAUUAUUUGCCAAUUCUGAUCGAUGUAUCAACUGUUCCUCUGCAAGGCAACAUACAAAUUCGUAUGAAUUCAGAUGGCCUGUUGUAUUGCUGUUCUGAUACUAUAGUCUAUUAUGUGCUUGAUACUCACACAUUGCCAUUGUCAUCAUAUUCAACUAGCGAUUCCGGCAUAUUGGCGUGUUAUGGUGACCAGAAGGAUGAUAAACCCCAUGUAAGCUUUGCCCAAAGCUUACCAAAAAUGGUCAUGGAAUAUGAUUACGAACCUCUAUCAACAUUCAUCAUGUCGAUGGUUUCCCCCUUGAUGUCGGAAAAUAUGCACCAUUGUAUGGCUGUGACAUAUUGGAUGAAUCUAUCAGUAGUUGCCUCCACCAUGGUAAUGUUCUCUGCAUUGGUCUUAAAAAAAAUGGCAUCAUUGGGCAUCACUUUCACUAUAGAGGAUUUAUACGGUUUUGAUUUGCCAAUGGAAAAGUUAUAUGGUGCUCUAUUAUCAGAUGUUUCUACUCAUAAUGCUGUGAAUUAUGCGUUUGGUCAAAUACUAUCAACAAUCGUCACCACGGCAUCCAAUCUAUCUAUGUCAAAAAACGAGUUUUUAUCCAUCGAUGCACCAAUAAAAGAUUUGCACGAUUCUAAAACAUCAAAUGCUGGUACUCUUAUUAGUGUUGUUACUUACUGGAAAACUUCCUUAUUGGCUGCACCUACAUACAAAGGAUUUUUUCCAAAAUUUGACUUCAAUUGGUGGUUUUGUUCACUUGAUGUGAAAAAGAACGACGCAUUAUCCAUGUUUAAGCAUAAGGACAACAAACAACUGGAUCUCGCCAACGAAAGAAUUCUGAGAAAGAUUGGAGUUUCUGAUCCUGCCGGGAAAGUGAUGUUACAGCUAUCAAGUCUUGUUCCUUACACUUUGCAACGACUUGUUGAUGGGAAUGACACGAAUGAAACGAAAAAACAAUCUGGAUCGAAAGGUCAACAAUCAGGCAGCAAACAGAAACAACCACAACAGACAAAUGGAUCAUUUUCCUAUGGAACCUCCGCAUCUAAUGCUGCUGGAGGAGGCCGAGGGGAAGAUGAAGAUGAGGACGGAAAGAAGCGUCGUAGAAUCCAGGAUCGUGAUUUUUAUGAUGAUGAUUCCGAUAAUGAUGACAGCGAUGAAGAAAAAGAGGAGAGAGAAGAAACUUCAAACCCUGGGUCGAAUUCAAGAGAUGAAGAAAAAUCUGCUUCAAGCUCUGAGAAUCCUCAAAUUUCCGAUUCUGCUGAUAUUACUCCUUCACCAAUUCAUCUUGGGCUGCAUGCUAAUGAAAUUAAUGAUGGGGCCUCAACAUCAAGAGGCACCAAUGCUGAAAUACCAAUUGAGGAAGUAGAUCGAAUUUCUGAACGUCCAAUAAGUAUUCAGGUUCAACGUCAAGCGAACCCGGAUCAACCAGCCAGGAUGUCAAAUAGAAUUAUAGAUGGAAGACCCGCAAUAUUACCAACAGACAAUGGAUCCUUAAAUACAUUUGGCCACAAGACAAGAUUUAAUCCAGAUCAUGUUCGUACUGUUGAAUCGGAUGGACCACAGCCUCCCCCUCCUCCUCCAGUACAAUCACCACCUACGAAUCGUGUCAAUGAAAGUAAUGGGACAUCAGUAAGGAGAAAUGAAUUGCCUGAUUUUGAACAGCAAAUGUUAGGAACUUUGCCUGGUGUUCGUGGGCUAUUUGCAGAGCUUCCAUGGACAUCCAGAAAUGAAGAUGAAAGAUUGCAGCCGACAUCUCAGCCUGACAGAUUACAGCUGGGCCCACAAAGUCGUGAUUAUACUUUCACUCUCCGUUCUGAGAGACAAGAAAAUGGUCACAGGAUUGAAACUUGGAGAUGGAUUCCCACGACUUCUGCCUGCGGUAUAGCUUCUAUCCAUCCCAACAGACAGGAACGACCUGGAAGGGCUGACAUGAGGGAGUCAAGGCGUUGUCCUGAUUGCAAUGAAGAAAUAUUGGGCAUAUUCACCUAUUGUCGUAAUUGUGCUAGACAUAUCUGUGGAUUGUGCUGGAUAAGCCAUGACUGUCAGCGAUGGUUCUAGUUGAAAUGACUCGUCAUAUUGGGAGACAUCUACGAAUGUAAUCUUCGAAAAGAAAGUCAUUUCUAGCUUAUUGUAACAGUUUGUUUUCUGGUAGAUGAUUGUAUAGCUAUCUUGGCAUCUCUCCACUUUCCAUUUUGAUGAAUUUAAAGUAGACAAAAUGGAAUAGCAUGUGCACUAUGCCGGAAUCUAAUAUCAAUUGUUUCAUGUGAAAAAUUUGCCUGUAUUUGUUACUUAUCAUGUAUGUUAUCUAGGAUUUUCUGUAUAAUAAUCAAGUUCAUGACAUCCCAACGCUUGUGUGCUCCUGCUAAUGUAUAUAAAAAAUUUUCAUGUUUUGGACCUUCAACCAGAACUUCAUUCAAACCGAAUCUCCAACAUAAUAUGCUUUGUGAAAAAAGUCAUAUAAAUGCUUGAAAUUCAUUUUAAUAUACAGGUUACUGAAGAAUAUUGAUAUCUUGACUUUUUCCAACUAAAAAAAUUAUGGUACUCUAAAAAAGUCAAAUUAGAAUUAAAUUAUUGAAAGCCAUGUUGCCUGUUUUGUGCCAUUCAAUUUCUGAAUAUUAAUUUUGCCUUCAAUUCUUCAUAUAUUGUACCUUGUUGAUGUGCAAAAUUCUAUAAAGUUCAUUACCUGUUUGUGGCAAUCGGUAUAACUGUUCAAAUCAAGCAGUAUAAAACUGUUCACUUAUUUACUAGCAUCUGUUAACUAUGUAUUUUUUUGCCAAGGAGGAAUCUUGGGUUGAAAUAUAUAGUAAGUUCAUAAUAUAUAAUUUGAUAUAUAAAUUUUUAAUCGUUGAUUAUAUGGACAUUGAAUGUUCCAAUUGUAUUGAUGAUUUAAAUUUAUAAUUAUAGGUAUCAACAUUUUUGUUCCCACAUCGCUGUCAGCAUGGCUAUGUUAGAUAUUAUUUUAAUCAACUCGUCGUCAUGAUUUUUUAACAUUAUUGCAGUUAACUGUAUUUUAAUGAAAACUUAUAUAAUGCUUGAUUUGAAUGUAGUUGAAUAUAUUACUCAUAUAUGCAUGCAUAUAUUUGUCUUUAUGCUGUUUCAUUUGCAUUAGGAAUUCGAGCAUGUGUAAAUAGAUCCGCUACUGAGUUGGAAUGGCUUGGGAGUCUGCACUCGCCUGAAGCGUUAUGAAGGGAAUUUGAGUCAGUGUGGUAACGAAGCAUGAAUAUGCUAAAUCUUAAAUGGAGGAUAGAAAAAUUGGUUUUUAUCCCAACUAGGGUUGCCAACUUUGUGGUAAACCAUUCCGGGACACUUGAUGAUCGCACGGCGUUAUUUUCACUAACUUCAAGCCUGUAAAUAAUUUUAUUUUAAAGAAACUUUUGAUAUGUUGACUCUUUGAGGCAUGAA